AUGGACUGUGAGAUGCCCAUUAUAUAUCAAGUUCUCUUCUACAGUUCAUCUCUGGUUGUUGCCUUACUAUGGUUUGUGCGGAGAUACGGAGAUGACCGGCCAUAUUAUGGAAUACCUGUAGUUGGGACUCAGGAAAACGAUACAGGUACUUGGGAUGCUAAAAAACGUUUUCUGACUGACGCAAACGCUGUUAUCGCUGCCGGCUUGAAACAGCAUUCCGGCCCCUUCCAAAUAUUUGCGAACACUGGGCCAAAGAUCAUCGUCCCCCCCACUAUGGUUGAAGAGAUUUCAUCUGACCCAAGACUGACAUUUCUUGGAUUUAUAAAAAAAGACCUAUUCUAUGAUUAUCCUGGCUUUGAGGCUUUUCAUGCUGUCGUACAAGACGGGAUUCUGCUAGACACUGUCCGAAAGAAAAUCAGCAAUUCAUUAGUGGCGGUGACAGAGAUAGUAUCUGAUGAGGCAGGGGCAGCGUUGCCGGAUCUAUUUGCACACACAAAAGUCGCGCACGCAGUCGAGGUUUUCCGGGCUGCUCGCGCCCUCCGGAUAUGGCCUACCUUCUUGCAGCCCAUUGUCCAUUGGUUCCUUCAAGAGACUUCGCAGCUACGGCGGACAAAGCGGCAUGCCUUACAUAUCAUGGGUGACCAUCUGAAGGCGACUGGCGGACUACUAAGUCAGUCUGAUGCCUGGGCAUGGCUAAAGCACGAAGCUGGUGAAAGACCCUACGACAUUGUCAACGCCCAGCUGGGACUUUCGAUUGCAGCGAUCAACACGACUGCUGGUUUUCUUACCAACGUGCUGUAUGAUCUGUGCGCCUAUUCUGAAUACAUGGACCGCCUGCGCGAAGAAAUUGAUCGUGUCCUUGGAGACGGUUCCAUAGAGAAAUCCAAGUUGGUAAAGUUACAGUUGAUGGAUAGCUUUUUGAAGGAGAGCCAGCGUCUCCACCCAAUGGCUCUCAUCACUAUGAAUCGUCGGGCAGAGGAAAAUCUGGUCCUUUCUGAUGGCACUGAGAUUCCGAAAGGGGCUCUUCUGGCUGUUCCGACUACUAUGAUGCAGAGCGAUAGCACUUAUCAAGAAGCACACGUGUUCAAAGGGGACCGUUUCCUGAGACUUAAAGAGGCAACAGGCGAUGAAAAGAAACACCUGCUUGUUACGACGUCUUCUGAACACAUUGGAUUUGGCCAUGGACUUCACGCUUGUCCAGGACGCUUCUUUGUUGCCACAGAGAUCAAAGUUCUUUUGAUCCAUCUCUUGCGUGACUAUGACUGGCGUUUUGCCACAGCUCAAGAUGAUCGUCCGGCGAACCUUUGCAUUGGGGCUGAAAAUAUUCCUGAUCCAGGCGUCAAAAUAGAAUUUCGAUACCGAAAGUUGAUUACCAGCCCAGUAGUCUUGCAAGGAUAG